CUGCAUGAACUCAUGGCCUGAUCCCAUUUUCUCAAGAAACCGCAAACUCGCCCACAAGAAAAAUGGCGUUUGUUGCAACGCAGGGGGCCACGGUGGUGGACCAGACCACUCUGAUGAAAAAAUACCUUCAGUUUGUGGCAGCUCUCACUGAUGUGAAUACACCUGAUGAAACAAAGCUAAAAAUGAUGCAAGAAGUUAGUGAAAAUUUUGAGAAUGUGACCUCUUCACCUCAGUAUUCAACAUUCCUGGAACAUAUCAUCCCUCGAUUUCUCACCUUUCUUCAGGAUGGAGAAGUGCAGUUUCUUCAGGAGAAACCGGCGCAGCAACUUCGGAAGCUAGUGCUUGAGAUAAUCCACAGAAUACCAACCAAUGAGCAUCUCCGUCCUCACACCAAGAACGUCCUGUCAGUGAUGUUUCGCUUUUUAGAGACGGAAAAUGAAGAAAAUGUUCUUAUUUGUUUAAGGAUAAUUAUUGAGCUACACAAACAGUUUAGGCCACCAAUCACACAAGAAAUUCAUCAUUUUUUGGAUUUUGUAAAACAAAUAUACAAAGAGCUUCCUAAAGUAGUGAACCGCUACUUCGAGAACCCUCAGGUGAUCCCGGAGAACACGGUCCCCCCUCCUGAAAUGGUGGGCAUGAUCACCACCAUCGCGGUGAAGGUGAACCCGGAGCGAGAGGACAGCGAGACGAGGACGCACUCCAUCAUCCCCAGAGGGUCACUGUCUCUGAAGGUUUUAGCAGAAUUGCCCAUCAUUGUUGUUUUAAUGUAUCAGCUCUACAAGUUGAACAUCCACAAUGUGGUUGCUGAAUUUGUGCCUUUAAUCAUGAAUACUAUUGCGAUUCAGGUAUCUGCACAAGCCAGGCAACAUAAGCUCUAUAACAAGGAGUUAUAUGCUGACUUCAUUGCUGCUCAGAUUAAAACAUUGUCAUUUUUAGCCUAUAUCAUCAGAAUUUACCAGGAGCUGGUGACCAAGUACUCUCAGCAGAUGGUGAAAGGGAUGCUGCAGCUGCUUUCCAAUUGCCCAGCGGAGACCGCGCAUUUAAGGAAGGAGCUGCUGAUUGCUGCAAAGCACAUUCUCACGACGGAGCUGCGGAACCAGUUCAUCCCUUGCAUGGACAAGCUGUUUGAUGAGUCCAUCCUCAUUGGUUCAGGAUACACGGCUCGGGAGACCCUGCGGCCUCUGGCCUACAGCACGCUGGCCGACCUGGUCCACCACGUGCGCCAGCACCUGCCCCUGGGAGACCUCUCCCUGGCCGUCCAGCUCUUCGCCAAGAACAUCGACGACGAGUCCCUGCCCAGCAGCAUCCAAACCAUGUCCUGCAAGCUCCUCCUGAACCUGGUGGACUGCAUCCGCUCCAAGAGCGAGCAGGAGAGCGGCAACGGCAGGGACGUCCUCAUGCGCAUGCUCGAGGUGUUUGUGCUCAAGUUCCACACCAUCGCCCGCUACCAGCUCUCUGCCAUCUUUAAGAAGUGCAAGCCGCAGUCGGAGCUCGGGGCCGUGGAAGCCUCGCUGCCCGGGGUGCCCACCGCCCCCGCCGCGCCGGGCCCUGCCCCCUCCCCAGCCCCGGUUCCAACGCCUGCCCCGCCCCCACCCCCACCUCCUACCCCUGCCACCCCCGUGACCCCCGCGCCGGUGCCCCCCUUCGAGAAGCAAGGCGAGAAGGACAAGGAAGACAAACAGACCUUCCAGGUGACGGACUGCCGGAGCCUGGUGAAGACCUUGGUCUGCGGGGUGAAGACCAUCACGUGGGGCAUCACGUCGUGCAAGGCACCUGGUGAAGCUCAGUUCAUUCCCAACAAGCAGCUGCAGCCCAAAGAGACUCAGAUUUACAUAAAACUUGUGAAAUACGCAAUGCAGGCGUUGGAUAUUUACCAGGUCCAGAUAGCAGGAAACGGACAGACCUACAUCCGCGUUGCAAACUGCCAGACGGUGCGCAUGAAAGAGGAGAAGGAGGUGCUGGAGCACUUUGCAGGGGUGUUCACCAUGAUGAACCCCUUGACCUUCAAGGAGAUCUUCCAGACCACGGUCCCCUACAUGGUAGAGCGAAUCUCCAAAAACUACGCCCUGCAGAUUGUUGCCAAUUCCUUCUUGGCGAAUCCGACUACCUCCGCUCUGUUUGCUACCAUCCUGGUGGAGUAUCUCCUGGAGCGCCUGCCGGAGAUGGGCUCCAACGUGGAGCUGUCCAACCUGUACCUCAAGCUCUUCAAGUUGGUCUUUGGCUCUGUCUCCCUCUUUGCAGCUGAAAAUGAGCAAAUGCUGAAGCCUCACCUGCACAAGAUUGUCAACAGUUCCAUGGAGUUGGCACAGACCGCCAAGGAGCCCUACAACUACUUCCUGUUGCUGCGAGCACUGUUCCGCUCCAUCGGGGGAGGCAGCCACGACCUCCUGUAUCAGGAGUUCCUGCCUCUCCUCCCGAACCUCCUGCAAGGACUGAACAUGCUGCAGAGCGGCCUGCACAAACAGCACAUGAAGGACCUGUUUGUGGAGCUGUGUCUCACGGUGCCCGUGCGGCUGAGCUCGCUCCUGCCCUACCUGCCCAUGCUCAUGGACCCGCUGGUGUCCGCGCUCAAUGGCUCCCAGACCUUGGUCAGCCAGGGCCUGCGGACUCUGGAGCUGUGCGUGGACAACCUGCAGCCGGACUUCCUCUACGACCACAUCCAGCCCGUCCGCGCUGAGCUCAUGCAGGCCCUGUGGCGUACGCUGAGGAACCCCGCAGACAGCAUCUCCCAUGUGGCCUACCGUGUCCUCGGCAAGUUUGGCGGCAGCAACCGGAAGAUGCUGAAGGAGUCCCAGAAGCUGCACUACGUGGUGACGGAAGUCCAGGGACCGAGUAUCACGGUGGAGUUUUCGGAUUGUAAAGCUUCCCUCCAGCUCCCGAUGGAGAAGGCCAUCGAAACCGCUCUGGACUGCCUGAAGAGUGCCAACACCGAGCCCUACUACCGGCGGCAGGCGUGGGAGGUCAUCAAGUGCUUCCUGGUGGCCAUGAUGAGCCUGGAGGACAAUAAGCACGCGCUCUACCAGCUCCUGGCACACCCCAACUUCACAGAGAAGACCAUUCCCAACGUCAUCAUAUCCCAUCGCUACAAAGCGCAGGACACCCCUGCUCGUAAAACCUUCGAGCAGGCCCUGACCGGGGCCUUCAUGUCUGCUGUCAUCAAGGACCUCCGGCCCAGCGCCCUGCCCUUCGUGGCCAGCUUGAUCCGGCACUACACCAUGGUGGCUGUGGCCCAGCAGUGCGGCCCCUUCCUGCUGCCUUGCUACCAGGUGGGCAGCCAGCCCAGCACGGCCAUGUUCCACAGCGAGGAGAACGGGUCCAAGGGCAUGGACCCGCUGGUGCUCAUCGACGCCAUCGCCAUCUGCAUGGCGUAUGAAGAGAAGGAGCUGUGUAAGAUCGGGGAGGUGGCGCUGGCUGUGAUAUUUGACGUCGCGAGCAUCAUCCUGGGCUCCAAGGAGAGGGCGUGCCAGCUGCCCCUCUUCUCCUACAUCGUGGAGCGCCUGUGUGCCUGCUGUUACGAGCAGGCCUGGUACGCCAAGCUGGGCGGCGUGGUGUCCAUCAAGUUCCUCAUGGAGCGGCUGCCGCUUACCUGGGUCCUGCAGAACCAGCAGACCUUCCUCAAGGCGUUGCUCUUCGUAAUGAUGGACCUGACGGGCGAGGUCUCCAAUGGCGCCGUUGCCAUGGCGAAGACAACCUUGGAGCAGCUUCUGAUGAGGUGUGCAACGCCCUUGAAGGACGAGGAGCGGGCCGAGGAGAUCCUGGCGGCACAGGAGAAGUCCUUCCACCACGUGACCCACGACCUGGUGCGGGAGGUCACGUCCCCGAACUCCACCGUGCGGAAGCAGGCCAUGCACUCGCUGCAGGUGCUGGCCCAGGUCACGGGCAAGAGUGUGACGGUCAUCAUGGAGCCACACAAGGAGGUCCUCCAGGACAUGGUCCCCCCCAAGAAGCACCUGCUGAGACACCAGCCUGCCAACGCCCAGAUUGGCCUGAUGGAGGGGAACACCUUCUGCACCACCCUGCAGCCCCGGCUGUUCACGAUGGAUCUGAACGUUGUGGAGCACAAGGUGUUCUACACGGAGUUGUUGAACUUGUGCGAGGCCGAAGAUUCAGCACUGACCAAGCUGCCCUGCUAUAAGAGCCUCCCGUCGCUGGUCCCUUUACGGAUUGCUGCACUGAACGCCCUUGCUGCCUGCAAUUACCUGCCUCAGUCCAGAGAGAAGAUCAUCGCUGCCCUCUUCAAAGCCCUCAAUUCCACCAACAGCGAGCUCCAGGAGGCGGGGGAGGCCUGCAUGAGAAAGUUUUUAGAAGGAGCGACGAUAGAAGUCGAUCAGAUCCACACGCACAUGCGGCCUCUGUUGAUGAUGCUGGGAGAUUACCGGAGCCUGACGCUGAACGUGGUGAACCGUCUGACCUCGGUCACGAGGCUCUUCCCCAACUCCUUUAAUGAUAAGUUUUGUGAUCAGAUGAUGCAACACCUGCGCAAAUGGAUGGAAGUGGUGGUCAUCACUCACAAAGGCGGCCAGCGGAGCGACGGAAACGAAAUGAAGAUUUGUUCUGCCAUUAUAAACCUCUUCCACCUGAUUCCAGCCGCACCCCAGACUUUGGUCAAGCCUUUGUUGGAGGUUGUCAUGAAGACAGAACGGGCCAUGUUGAUCGAGGCUGGCAGUCCAUUCAGGGAGCCUCUGAUCAAGUUCCUGACCCGGCACCCCUCCCAGACGGUGGAGCUGUUCAUGAUGGAGGCCACGCUGAACGACCCCCAGUGGAGCCGGAUGUUUAUGAGUUUCCUGAAGCAUAAAGACGCCAGACCCCUUCGCGACGUGCUGGCCGCCAACCCCAGCCGGUUCAUCACCCUGCUGCUCCCUGGGGGCACGCAGCCCGCGGUGCGACCCGGCUCGCCCAGCACCAGCACCAUGCGGCUGGACCUCCAGUUCCAGGCCAUCAAGAUCAUCAGCAUUAUCGUGAAGAACGACGACGCGUGGCUGGCCAACCAGCACUCCCUGGUGAGCCAGCUGAGACGCGUGUGGGUGAGCGACGCCUUCCAGGAGCGCCACCACAAGGAGAACAUGGCCGCCACCAACUGGAAGGAGCCCAAGCUGCUGGCCUACUGCCUCCUGAACUACUGCAAGAGGAAUUACGGGGACAUAGAAUUGCUUUUCCAGCUGCUCCGAGCCUUCACUGGCCGCUUCCUGUGCAAUAUGACCUUCCUCAAAGAGUACAUGGAGGAGGAGAUCCCCAAGAACUACAGCAUCGCCCAGAAACGAGCCCUGUUUUUUCGCUUUGUAGACUUGAAUGACCCCAACUUUGGAGAUGAGUUAAAAGCCAAGGUUCUACAGCACAUCCUGAACCCUGCGUUCUUGUACAGCUUUGAGAAAGGGGAGGGGGAGCAGCUCCUGGGGCCCCCGAACCCCGAAGGAGACAGCCUCGACAGCAUCACCAGCGUGUUCAUCACCAAGGUCCUGGACCCCGAGAAGCAGGCCGACAUGCUGGACUCCCUGCGCAUCUACCUCCUGCAGUACGCCACGCUGCUGGUGGAGCACGCCCCCCACCACAUCCACGACAACAACAAGAACCGCAACAGCAAGCUGCGGCGCCUCAUGACCUUCGCCUGGCCCUGCCUGCUCUCCAAGGCGUGCGUGGACCCUGCCUGCAAGUACAGCGGGCACCUGCUGCUGGCCCACAUCAUCGCCAAGUUCGCCAUCCACAAGAAGAUCGUACUGCAGGUAUUCCACAGUCUCCUCAAGGCUCACGCCAUGGAGGCCCGGGCCAUCGUCAGACAGGCCAUGGCCAUCCUGACCCCCGCGGUGCCAGCCAGGAUGGAAGACGGGCACCAGAUGCUUACGCACUGGACCCGGAAGAUCAUUGUGGAGGAGGGCCACACGGUCCCGCAGCUGGUACACAUCCUGCAUCUGAUCGUGCAGCACUUCAAGGUGUACUACCCAGUCCGACACCACCUGGUGCAGCACAUGGUCAGCGCCAUGCAGAGACUGGGCUUCACGCCCAGCGUCACCAUCGAGCAGAGGAGGCUGGCAGUGGACCUGUCAGAAGUGGUCAUCAAGUGGGAGCUGCAGAGAAUUAAGGACCAGCAGCCGGAUUCAGACAUGGAUCCCAGCUCAAGUGGAGAAGGGGUCAAUUCAGUCUCAUCGUCUAUUAAGAGAGGCCUGUCGGUGGACUCUGCCCAGGAAGUGAAGCGCUUCAGGACGGCCACUGGAGCUAUCAGUGCGGUGUUUGGGAGAAGCCAGUCGCUGCCGGGAGCCGACUCCCUUCUGGCCAAGCCCAUUGACAAGCAGCACACGGACACGGUGGUGAACUUCCUCAUCCGCGUGGCCUGCCAGGUGAACGACAACACCAACACCUCAGGCUCACCUGGGGAGGUGCUUUCCCGACGCUGCGUCAACCUCCUCAAAACGGCCCUGCGGCCAGACAUGUGGUCCAAGUCGGAGCUCAAGCUGCAGUGGUUCGACAAGCUGCUGAUGACCGUGGAGCAGCCCAGCCAGGUGAACUAUGGGAAUAUCUGCACGGGGCUGGAAGUGCUCAGUUUCCUGCUGACCGUCCUGCAGUCCCCGGCCAUCCUCAGCAGCUUCAAGCCCCUGCAGCGCGGCGUGGCGGCCUGCAUGACCUGCGGCAACACCAAAGUCCUGCGAGCCGUCCACAGCCUCCUCUCACGGCUCAUGAGCAUUUUCCCGACAGAGCCGAGUACCUCCAGCGUGGCCUCCAAGUAUGAGGAGCUGGAGUGCCUGUACGCGGCCGUGGGCAAGGUCAUCUACGAGGGCCUCACCAACUAUGAGAAGGCCACCAGCGCCAACCCCUCCCAGCUCUUCGGCACGCUGAUGAUCCUUAAGUCGGCCUGCAGCAACAACCCGAGCUACAUCGACCGGCUCAUCUCCGUCUUCAUGCGCUCGCUCCAGAAGAUGGUCCGCGAGCACCUGAACCCGCAGGCGGCGUCGGGAAGCACAGAAGCUACCUCAGGAACAAGCGAGCUGGUGAUGCUGAGCCUGGAGCUGGUGAAGACGCGGCUGGCGGUGAUGAGCACGGAGAUGCGCAAGAGCUUCAUCCAGGCCAUCCUCACGUCGCUCAUCGAGAAGUCGCCCGACGCCAAGAUCCUGCGAGCCGUGGUGAAGAUCGUGGAGGAGUGGGUCAAGAACAACUCGCCGAUGGCAGCCAACCAGACGCCCACACUCCGGGAGAAGUCCAUCCUGCUGGUGAAGAUGAUGACCUACAUUGAAAAGCGAUUCCCAGAGGACCUGGAGCUCAAUGCCCAGUUUCUGGAUCUGGUGAACUAUGUGUACAGGGAUGAGACGCUAUCCGGCAGCGAGCUGACUGCCAAGUUGGAGCCGGCCUUUCUCUCGGGACUGCGCUGUGCCCAGCCACUCAUCAGGGCCAAGUUCUUCGAGGUGUUUGACAACUCCAUGAAGCGCCGUGUCUACGAGCGUCUGCUCUACGUGACCUGCUCCCAGAACUGGGAGGCCAUGGGGAACCACUUCUGGAUCAAGCAGUGCAUUGAGCUUCUCCUGGCUGUGUGCGAGAAGGCUACUCCCAUCGGCACCAGCUGCCAGGGGGCCAUGCUUCCGUCCAUCACCAACGUCAUCAACCUGGCCGACAGCCACGACCGAGCGGCCUUCGCCAUGGUCACUCACGUCAAGCAGGAGCCGCGGGAGCGAGAGAACAGCGAGUCCAAGGAGGAGGAUGUUGAGAUCGAUAUUGAACUAGCUCCUGGGGAUCAGACAAGCACACCCAAAACCAAAGAACUUUCUGAAAAAGACAUUGGGAACCAGCUGCACAUGUUAACCAACAGGCACGACAAGUUCCUCGACACGCUUCGGGAGGUGAAGACUGGGGCCCUGCUCAGCGCCUUUGUCCAGCUCUGCCACAUUUCCACAACGCUGGCCGAGAAGACGUGGGUCCAGCUCUUCCCCAGACUCUGGAAGAUUCUGUCCGACAGACAGCAGCAUGCACUGGCCGGCGAGAUCAGCCCCUUCCUGUGCAGCGGCAGCCACCAGGUGCAGCGUGACUGCCAGCCCAGCGCCCUCAACUGCUUCGUGGAGGCCAUGUCGCAGUGCGUGCCCCCCAUCCCCAUCCGGCCCUGCGUGCUCAAGUACCUGGGCAAGACCCACAACCUGUGGUUCCGCUCCACGCUCAUGCUGGAGCACCAGGCCUUCGAGAAGGGGCUCAGCCUGCAGAUCAAGCCCAAGCAGACGGCCGAGUUCUACGAGCAGGAGAGCAUCACGCCUCCGCAGCAGGAGAUCCUGGACUCCCUGGCCGAGCUGUACUCACUGCUGCAGGAGGAGGACAUGUGGGCCGGCCUGUGGCAGAAGCGCUGCAAGUACUCGGAGACGGCCACGGCCAUCGCCUACGAGCAGCACGGCUUCUUUGAGCAGGCGCAGGAGUCCUAUGAGAAGGCCAUGGACAAGGCCAAGAAGGAGCAUGAGAGGAGCAGCGCAUCUCCUGCUAUCUUCCCUGAGUACCAGCUCUGGGAGGACCACUGGAUCCGGUGCUCCAAAGAGCUGAACCAGUGGGAGGCCCUGACGGAGUACGGCCAGUCCAAGGGCCACAUAAACCCCUACCUGGUCCUGGAGUGUGCCUGGCGGGUCUCCAACUGGACGGCUAUGAAGGAGGCGCUGGUCCAGGUAGAAGUGAGCUGCCCCAAGGAGAUGGCCUGGAAGGUGAACAUGUACCGCGGCUACCUGGCCAUCUGCCACCCCGAGGAGCAGCAGCUCAGCUUCAUCGAGCGGCUGGUGGAGAUGGCCAGCAGCCUGGCCAUCCGCGAGUGGCGGCGGCUGCCCCACGUGGUGUCCCACGUGCACACGCCGCUCCUCCAGGCAGCUCAGCAGAUCAUCGAGCUGCAGGAAGCUGCACAGAUCAACGCGGGGCUGCAGCCCAACAACCUGGGCCGGAACAACAGCCUGCACGACAUGAAGACGGUGGUGAAGACGUGGCGGAACCGCCUGCCCAUCGUGUCCGACGACCUGUCCCACUGGAGCAGCGUCUUCAUGUGGCGUCAGCACCAUUACCAAGCAAUCGUAACGGCCUAUGAAAAUAGCUCUCAGCACGACCCCAGUUCAAACAACGCCAUGCUGGGAGUUCACGCCUCGGCCUCGGCCAUCAUCCAGUACGGGAAGAUUGCCCGCAAGCAGGGCCUGGUCAACGUGGCCCUGGACAUCCUCAGCCGGAUCCACACGAUCCCAACCGUUCCUAUCGUGGACUGCUUCCAGAAGAUCCGGCAGCAAGUCAAGUGCUACCUGCAGCUGGCAGGGGUCAUGGGGAAGAAUGAGUGCAUGCAGGGCCUUGAGGUUAUUGAAUCCACAAACUUGAAGUACUUCACAAAAGAGAUGACAGCUGAGUUUUAUGCGCUGAAGGGGAUGUUCUUGGCUCAGAUCAACAAGUCCGAGGAGGCCAACAAAGCCUUCUCCGCGGCUGUGCAGAUGCAUGACGUGCUAGUGAAAGCCUGGGCCAUGUGGGGCGACUACCUGGAGAACAUUUUCGUGAAGGAGCGGCAGCUGCACCUCGGCGUGUCCGCCAUCACCUGCUACCUGCACGCUUGCCGGCAUCAGAACGAGAGCAAGUCCAGGAAGUACCUGGCCAAGGUGCUGUGGCUCUUGAGUUUUGAUGACGACAAGAACACGCUGGCUGACGCGGUGGACAAGUACUGCAUUGGCGUGCCGCCCAUCCAGUGGCUGGCCUGGAUCCCCCAGCUGCUGACCUGCCUGGUGGGCUCGGAGGGCAAGCUGCUGCUGAACCUCAUCAGUCAGGUCGGCCGCGUGUACCCGCAAGCUGUCUACUUCCCCAUCCGGACGCUGUACCUGACGCUGAAGAUCGAGCAGCGUGAACGCUAUAAGAGCGAUCCAGGGCCCAUUAGAGCCACCGCUCCCAUGUGGCGCUGCAGCCGAAUCAUGCACAUGCAGCGGGAGCUGCACCCCACGCUGCUGUCGUCCCUGGAGGGCAUCGUCGACCAGAUGGUCUGGUUCCGGGAGAACUGGCACGAGGAGGUCCUCAGGCAGCUCCAGCAGGGUCUGGCCAAGUGCUACUCUGUUGCGUUUGAGAAAAGCGGCGCCGUGUCUGACGCUAAGAUCACCCCGCACACGCUUAACUUCGUCAAGAAGCUGGUGAGCACCUUCGGGGUGGGUCUGGAGAACGUGUCCAACGUGUCCACCAUGUUCUCCAGCGCAGCCUCUGAGUCCCUUGCCCGGCGGGCUCAGGCCACUGCCCAGGACCCUGUCUUCCAGAAGCUGAAAGGCCAGUUCACAACCGAUUUCGACUUCAGUGUUCCGGGAUCCAUGAAGCUGCACAACCUCAUUUCUAAACUGAAGAAGUGGAUUAAAAUCCUGGAGGCCAAGACCAAGCAGCUCCCGAAGUUCUUCCUCAUUGAGGAGAAGUGUCGCUUCCUCAGCAACUUCUCAGCGCAGACGGCAGAGGUGGAGAUCCCGGGGGAGUUCCUGAUGCCCAAGCCCACGCAUUACUAUAUCAAGAUAGCGCGGUUCAUGCCCCGCGUGGAGAUUGUGCAGAAGCACAACACGGCAGCCCGCAGGCUCUACAUCCGUGGCCACAACGGCAAGAUCUACCCCUACCUGGUCAUGAACGACGCCUGCCUCACGGAGUCCCGGCGGGAGGAGCGCGUGCUGCAGCUGCUGCGCCUGCUCAACCCCUGCCUGGAGAAGCGGAAGGAGACCACCAAGCGGCACCUGUUCUUCACAGUUCCCCGGGUGGUGGCCGUGUCCCCCCAGAUGCGCCUUGUGGAAGACAACCCCUCGUCCCUGUCCUUGGUGGAGAUCUACAAGCAGCGCUGCGCCAAGAAGGGCAUUGAGCACGACAACCCCAUCUCCCGCUACUACGACAGACUGGCCACGGUGCAGGCGCGGGGCACCCAGGCCAGCCACCAGGUCCUCCGGGACAUCCUCAAGGAGGUGCAGAGCAACAUGGUGCCACGAAGCAUGCUGAGGGAGUGGGCGCUGCACACCCUCCCCAACGCCACCGACUACUGGACCUUCCGCAAGAUGUUCACCAUCCAGCUGGCCCUCAUCGGCUUUGCCGAGUUCGUCUUGCACCUGAACCGACUCAACCCCGAGAUGCUGCAGAUUGCUCAGGACACGGGAAAGCUGAACGUCGCGUACUUCCGGUUUGAUAUCAAUGAUGCCACGGGAGACCUGGACGCCAACCGACCUGUCCCCUUCCGCCUCACCCCCAACAUCUCCGAGUUCCUGACCACCAUCGGCGUGUCUGGCCCACUGACGGCCUCCAUGAUCGCCGUAGCCCGCUGCUUCGCCCAGCCCAAUUUUAAGGUGGACGGCAUCCUGAAGACGGUGCUGCGAGACGAGAUCAUCGCGUGGCACAAGAAGACGCAGGAGGACAUGUCCUCCCCGCUCUCAGCAGCCGGGCAGCCCGAGAACAUGGACAGCCAGCAGCUGGUCUCCCUGGUCCAGAAGGCAGUGACCGCCAUCGUGACACGCCUGCACAACCUGGCACAGUUCGAGGGCGGGGAGAGCAAGGUGAACACCCUGGUGGCCGCUGCCAACAGCCUGGACAACCUAUGCCGCAUGGACCCCGCCUGGCACCCCUGGCUGUGACAGUGGCCCCGUGUCCACGCAGUGUGACGG